UAGAGAUUAGCGCCGCUCCGCCACUCCCGCUCACCUCCUAUUGCCGUCGCAUCUCCGCUCCGGCGACAUUCAAAGCUGAAGCUAUGAAAGUGUUCAAGAUUAAUGGAAGCACUCUUUCCCUUGCACUUUUCACUGAUGUCACCAAUUCAAAGGAGCUCUUAGAAAGUAUGCAAGCUGCAACAUUGGAACCAGAAGUUGCAUUCCUCAAUGCUUUACUUAUUCCAGAUAUAUUCCCUGUUCUAGCUGCUGCCCACAAGACGCUCAUAGCCAAGUCACGGGAUUCUUUGACAACGCGCACGCUUCAUUCAGAGCUGGUUUACAAUUACUCGGGAUCCAAGCAUAUUACAGAGUCGUUGAAAAGAUGCGGCAUCUCUGAUACCACAACUUACAUCCUUGCUGCUCGUUUUGAUGCUACUCCUGAGGAGAUGAAAGCAAUUGAGAAGUUAAUUAAUGGGAAAGAGGUUGACCUGGAAGAGCUGGAAGCGAGAGCAAACCAGGCCCAGAUACAAAAACAUUACAAGAUCUCUGGCCCAGAGCUUGGUGUGUCAUCACUUGCAGAUGCAAUCACUUGCCGUAUAGCUGCUCGUGAUGCCUUGUGAGGAAUGAUUGCCAUCUGCUAAUGCUAUUCCCUUUUUGUUGAGUCCCAUUUGUGAAAAAAUGGAAUUGUAAAAGGAAGCUUUCAGCUCCUUUGCUGGCCGGUUCGUCUUUUCACAUCUGUUGUCUCUGUAUUUCCUUUUUCCAUGUAA